AUGUUGGAGAGCACGAUGGCUCUAUUUAAUAAAAUAUUGUAUUUUUGCGGCCUGUUGCUGUUUGCGACUGGGCUCGUGAGGGCCGAAAACGAUGAUGAUGGUGUCACUGUAGAGCUAUCUAACUAUGGCAAUCAGAUAAGAACCAUCGAAGAAGAACAGUACCACAGUCCACAGAUAAAUUCCAAAAGCAUUUAUUUCGCCGAGCACUUUGAUGAUGAGGCUGCAUUCAAGAAGAAGUGGGUGAAGUCUGAAGCCAAGAAACAGGGCGUUGACGAGGCCAUCGCCAAGUAUGAUGGCAAAUGGGAGAUCCAAGCACCCUCCAGGCGAAUUCUCAAAAACGACCUCGGCUUGGUGUUAACCACUGAAGCCAAACACGCUGCCAUCUCGGCUCUCCUGGACAAGCCCUUCGAGUUCAAGGAUAAGCCUCUCGUUGUCCAAUAUGAAGUCACCAUGCAGGAGGGCCAGAACUGCGGCGGCGCGUACAUCAAACUGCUAUCGCGUGGCACCAACACGAAGGCCGACCUUCGACAGUUCCACGACCAGACGGCGUACACCAUCAUGUUUGGACCGGACAAGUGUGGCAACGACAACAAGCUGCACUUCAUCUUCCGCCACCGGAACCCAGUCAACGGCACCGUCGAGGAGAAGCACAGCAAGAAGCCGAACCAGCGGCUGGACGACAUCUACAAGGACAAGGAGCCCCACCUGUACACGCUGGUGGUGCGUCCCGACAACACGUUCAGCGUGCUGGUGGACAACCGCGAGGUGAACGGCGGCUCGCUGCUCGAGGACUUCGCCCCACCGGUCAACCCGCCCGAGGAGAUCGACGACCCGGACGACAGGAAACCCGACGAUUGGGACGAGAGGGAGAAGAUCGUGGACCCCACCGCUACGAAGCCGGAGGACUGGGACGAGGAGGCGCCCGCACAGAUUGUGGACCCCAACGCGGUGAAGCCCGACGGCUGGCUGGACGAUGAACCCGAGAUGAUACCCGACCCCGAAGCCAAAAAGCCGUCAGACUGGGACGAGGAUAUGGACGGCGAGUGGGAGGCGCCGCUGGUGGACAAUCCGGCCUGCGCCGCCGCUCCGGGAUGCGGACCCUGGACGCCCCCCCUCGUGCCUAACCCCGAAUACAAGGGCGUGUGGAGGGCACCGCUGGUGGCCAACCCUAACUAUCGGGGCAAGUGGAGCCCUCGCAGGAUCCCCAACCCCCACUACUUCAAGGACGAGAAUCCCUUCAAGAUGACGCCGAUAACCGCCGUUGGUUUCGAACUGUGGUCGAUGUCGCCGAUGCUGCUCUUCGACAACCUGGUGGUGACCGACGACCUGGCCGUGGCCGAGCAGUGGGCCCAGCAGACGUACGCCCUCAAGCGGACCAAGAUCUCCAGCGACUCGCAAAGCAUUUGGGGCCGUCUGCUGCGCGCCACCAACUACAAGCCGGGCCUGUGGGCGGUGUACGCCGUGUACUGCGCCAUCCCCGUCUCCAUCUACGUGGCCUACCUGGUCCGGCGAGCGCGAGAGGACAGCCUGGCGGAGCGGGCGCUGCGGCUGGCCGGCGAGCAGCCCUGGCUGGCGGCGGCGGCGGCGCUGGUGGCCUUCGCGCUCAUCGCCGGCCUCUGCUACCUCUGCUGCGGACCCUCGGCGGAUCCCGAUGCAGAUUACAAGAAGACUGACGCGGUGACGGAGGAUGACCCUCCGCAAGAAGAGCCGCAGACGCAGAAGGCCAGCAAGUCCACGCUGGAGGGUCCGGAGCCUGAGGAGCAGACUGAGCAAUCGGACGACCAGCUCGCUGACCAACAAGAGGAGGAGCAGACCGACCAAGAGUCGGAACCAGUCGAAAAGGCUCAGAUCGACACAGAGGGCGCCGGUGACGGCCAGAGAAAGCGGAAACCCCGCAAGGAG